CUCAUAUCAUGGGCGGCCUAACGUAUGGCGCUUCAGGCGCAGGUACUGCGCUUGUGGUCAUUGGACUUUAUAUGCUCUUCCAGGGCGAAGGCGAAGCUUUCAACGUAGGAGCCUUUCUCGAAUCGAUAUCGCCAUACGCGUGGGCAUCGACCGGUAUUGGACUCUGCAUAGGAUUGUCGGUCAUUGGAGCAGCAUGGGGCAUCUUCAUCACGGGCACAUCGAUUCUUGGAGGUGGUGUGAAAGCGCCGCGCAUUCGGACAAAGAACUUGAUCUCCAUCAUUUUCUGCGAAGUCGUGGCUAUUUACGGUGUCAUCAUGAGCAUUGUGUUCUCUGCAAAGCUUGAAGCCGUCACUGGACCAGCGAUAUACUCGGCCAGCAACUACUUCACUGGAUAUGCACUCUUCUGGUCAGGGCUGCUCGUAGGCGCAUGUAACCUGGUCUGUGGUGUCAGUGUAGGCAUCAAUGGAUCAAGUGCUGCACUGGCAGAUGCUGCGGAUCCAAGCUUAUUCGUUAAAGUUCUGGUUAUUGAGAUCUUCUCCUCAGUCCUUGGACUAUUUGGUCUCAUCAUUGGACUUCUUCUUUCCGGAAGCGCAAACCCAUUCGAAGCACCCGGCCAAUAGUCCAGUUUCGACCGAAACGGACUUAUAAUGUUUGAGAUUGCGAGUGUGCUUUCAAAUCGAGCCACUGAAGAGCCUCCUAACAAUGCUCCCAUGCCUCGACUAGCAUUUACCGGCGUUUCAGGGAAGUGCGUAUCGCCGAGAUUAGAGCGCUGAAAAAGGUGCGAGGAAAGGCCGUGUAUGUACAGUGUACCAGAUAUGAGCAAUAACAUGUCAUUAAUGCG